AUGGCUACCGAGACACCGUCCAACCUCACCACCGCCCCAGCCGGCACAGACAGUACGUUCGACGAGGUAGAGGAACUGUUCUUGCUCCAGAUGGCAGUUGCCAACAACGAGCCUCUUUCCCCACAGCUCAAGGCUGUAAUGGCAACCCAAGACACUACUGCCUCAACCGACAAAUCUGCGGAAAGACGUCUAUCGCCAUUGCUUAUGGAGCGACCGAGAAGCUCUGGUCUGGACUUAUCGGCUUUUUCUUUUGCAAAGCCUGCGCAAGGUCGCAAGCCAUUCACUCUUCAGGCAUCAACUAAGCCAUCAUCGUCCACAGCUGGGCUGAACAAUACUACCACCCAGCACGAGCAUGGUACAGCUGAGCCCUCGAACGAGGCAACUAGAAGCUUAUCAAGAGGGAGAGGACUAUCUUGCAGACCACUAAGUUUUCCCUCUCCAACUAGUGAUCGGCAAAGAUCUGGCACGCAAAAGUCACAAACUCGGAUCCGAGAAAAUACCAGACAAGGUCCUAGACGGCCCUGCUUCCCGCUUUCUGACAGUGGCUUGCAUGGUUCGACUUCUGAGAAGGUUGUGGUGCCUGAUGCAAACAAAUUGCCUAUCAAUGCCGAACACGGGACCAUUGUCCAUCAUCCAAUUUCCCAAGCGCCCGCAGUGAGCAGGGCCGACAAUCAUGGUACGCCUUUGGGUGAUGGGCACGGUGCAUCUAAGAUUGCGCAUGCAGCGCAGGAUUUGGUCCCUCAAAUGCAGAUCCCAGAGGCCAGUGAGAUGGCCCAAACAUACCCGGUGGGCCCUGCAAACGAGAAGUAUAGGGUCUCUAAGCGCCGCCGCUCAAGCAAAAGUCGUCAUUCACGCAAUGUCAAACCAACUCGCAUAGCAUCAGGAGACGAUGGUUCUUCCUUGUCCGAAGAGAGUCUGUUUCAUCUGCUAAUCGGACGGAUAAAGGCUCGUGAAGAAAAUGAGGCUGCCGCGGUCGAAUUGAGAGAGCAGAUGGAAGCUUGCAUCUCUGGCCUGGCUGACGAAAAUAAAGCGCUGAAGAGUCAACUUGCAGUAUCCGACAAGGUCAUCCGUAAGAGAACGAUCGAACUGGGAGCUUACAAAUCCCAGGUCGAUGCAUGGCAGUCGAAGAUAUCGAACAUCAAAGGCUUUGUCAACCAGCUUGGUUCCGACUUUCAGACCCUCCGUAGCGAUGCAAGCCGGCUCUUGGCGGCGAAGAAGAGCGUGCAUGACGAAAGGAUAGAUAUUGACAGAAGCAUUAGUGAUGCUAAGGCACAAGUAGCUAAAGCUUCAGAUGCUGCCAGCAAAGGGAGAGAGCAGUUAUUGCGGUCAGAGAGCCAGGUUGACCUACUGAAACAGACCCUUUCUGCAACAGAGGAGAAGACUAGAUAUGUUCGAGGACAGCUUUCCGAUGAGAAGAAAAGAACCAGACUUCUUGAGCAAUACAUCCAAGAAUGCUCCCGCAGUCAAGAACCAAAGCUUAAUCAGAUCAGGGCUGAUCAGCUAGCGAUUCUGAAGCGAUUCGAGGCCGUGUUUCACACUUUGGGUAGCCAGCAACAGCUCUCUCAAAACACCAUUCAGCAAAUGAUCGGUCCUAGCUUAGACAAAUGUGUUACAACACUUGAUAAUCUCUGUGAAAAGAUUGCAAACAAUGACUCGAGUGUCAAGGACUGCAUUGACGGAGUUAAGGGUGAAAUAUCACGCAUGGGAGGUGGAUUGAUUCAACUACACGACUUGACCAAAGAAUGCCGCGCAAAUGAUGGCAGCUAUAUGACGAACCUGACCGAGCAACUCCAAAGGGUCACAAGUCAGAUUGCGAGCGAAUCGACGCUGGUCGAGGGAAUUUCCAGGAAUACGGAGCAUUUCGGCGGACUGAGAGAAACCCUUGAGCGCCUGCUACCCUUGACUGAUCAAUUGAACUGUUCUAUUGACGCAUUGAAGGACAACGAAGCAAGGCUUUGCGGCCAAAUGGAGCAACUCGAAGCCGACCUGGAUGAUGCGCGGACUCUCAAGAAUGCUGAAUCUGCUGCACUUGAACUCACGCGUCACGAGUUGGAGAAAGCUCAAAUAGAGAACCGGAUGCAGAAAGUGGUGGCGGAGUUGGAAGUCAUGGCAGAGGAAUUGAGAGCAAAGGAUCUCGAGAACAAAGCCAUUCAAUCUUCCCUGCUUAAGACAGAAUCACGAACUCAAGAGGUAGAAUCUUGUGUCAUGCAGCUUGAAUCGGAAGUUGUCACCCUGAGAGAUGCAGUCAAGAAGAAGGAGAACCAAGUCCGAGAGGAGUUGGGUCGGGCCAGUGUCAUCGCUCGCGAGCAGAUAAAGGCCAGAUACGAACAGCAACACCGCGAUCUGCUGAAAGAGAAAGCCGAUCUAGCACAAUCAGUGGAUCUUCUUCAAAAGCAGCUUGACGAUACCAAGUCAACAUUCGUAAGAUGCCCUUUCCCAACUUCUCAAGCAUGUGAGCUAACAAUUGACAGGAUGAGUUCAAAAAUACACGAGACAAAGAACAUGCCGCUCGAGCUUGAUUCAAAAGCAAAAGAAGUUGAAGAGUUGACUUGUCGUGAAUCCGAGACGGCCACUAAAUUAGCCGAGCAAGAGCAAGAGCUGACAAGACUGGCGGAACAGACAGCUCUGGCCGAAGCGCGGAGUACCUGUCUCCAAAAUCAAAUUGAGGAGACGAACAAGAAGGCACUCGCCCUCGAAAAUGACCUUAUUAAUACUCGUGACGAAAAAGACAAGGUUCUGACAGAGUUGCAGCAUAAGCUCGACGCGCUUUUGCAAGACAACAUGGAGAAACAAGAAGAGUGUCACAAGAUCCAGGAGAGGCUCACAGGUGUCCUAGCAGAACGAGCGGAUCUUGAGAGCAGCAAGCUGAAGACAAAGGAUGAAAUCCACGCACUCCUUAAGCGAGUUCAAGACUCAGAAGCGUGGGUAAACAAACUCAAGGAGCUUCUCGGUCGCGCAGGUCUCGCGGCGGCUACAGACUCGCUUACGGAGGUCUGGAGCAGGUUCGAGGUGACUUUGCUCUCUACGGCUGGCAGUGCGCUUGAGAGUCGACAUGAUAUUCGGGUCAAUCCUGUUGAAGAAAGGUUCCUCGGUGCCAGUAGCGGUGGAUUGCUUCCCCAGGAGGAUAUCGAAAAGCCUGAGCAGAUCAAUUCCAAGUUGACAAGAGCCGCUACUACAGUACCUGACAGCCAGGCAACCACUUGUCUUUCACCAGCAAGGCGAAGCGACAAAAUCAGUAAUGACGAGGCUUCUGUGGACUCAAUGUGCUUGUUGGAGUCAGGUAUUGUUCCAUUUUCCAGCAUCCAGCAGCAAUCCCCUCGCACUGAAUGCCUGUUCCCAAGCAACGACAGCUUUGACCUCGCAGCCAUGCUUAUAUUCACUCCGGAAAGGGGAUCAGUGGUAGAUAGCUCUACCGUGGCAGAACUAGCUGCGAACUGUUCUACAAGCUCGCCUAAGCGUAAGGGACAAGACUCGAUGGAAGGGCAGCAGAACUCCCCAUCAAAAAGUUCUCCGAAGGCCGCAAGCCCUAAGGAUGAUGGUAGGUCACGCAGAGUUGAAAAAGCACCCACGGUACUCAAGUUACACUUGAGUAGUGGAAACAGCAAACCGGGUGAUAACAGAGCGAAGCACAGAUCAGUCACAUUCGAGACUGAAGUCCCAGCUCCGCAAAAAGGGAAACGCAAAUUACACGAUAUUGAGACUAAUCAGAGCCAGGGUAGCUCCGCAGACAGCUUUGAUGAGGAUAAUUCCAUGCGUUCGCGAAGAACAUACUCUAAGCAGCAACAGCAGUCAAUGACUCGGAUUCAGGCGAAGUCCAAGGGUCCAGUAGCAAGCGCCUCCAAAGAAGACAUUGCACAUGAAGUCACUGAAGCUGGAACGUCCCGCUCUAUCAUGAACAAGAGGACUAGAGUGUCCUUCGACACAAUCAAGACUACAUCGCAGACGAAGACAGUGACGGAGUACUUCGAUCGCAAAUCGAGCCCUGAAAAGCUUGCUUCUGGGAGCAGUAGACCUGCGCUGAAUGAUAAUCAAACUGGAUUCCAGAAGAAGCCGACUCGAGGUGGUAGAGGCGGCGGCCGAAAAACAAGAGGUGAGUAGGUUCUGAUGGCUAACCAAGUGUUCGUUGCUAAAGCACCAAGGUGAUCGCUAUAAUGCCCGCUUCAGCCGAGGAAAGUAAAUUCCAGCAAGAUAUGCCCAAUUCGCGGACUCUUCCACGCCGAUAAUGGUGUGAGUAUGUGAAAACAUCGAAUUCUUUUUGCCUGUUUGUUGAUUUAUGGUGGUUUAGUUGAUAUCCUUAUGCGAUGAACUUGUGAUGUUGAUGAAACUGAUAAAUCUCUCAU